GCCCCGUAUUAAUUAUUAGUAUAUGUGUGUGUGUGAGGUGGGGUAGGGCCCCCAGUGGGCUAGCACCAGCACUGGUCAGUGGGACUCCUGGCCAGUUGAGCUAAGAAAGGCGUGGUCAGGGGUCAGUUCCCAGGGGGAUGGUAGGACUCUGGCCUGGCAUCACCCACCCAGGGAAGAGGCUAACCAUAUUUCAGGUUCCCCAAAAGAGGACACUGGGGAGGAGGGAGCUGGAAGGGGGUAUGGUUGGAGGUGUUGGCGGGGUGUGUGCAUACUGGGAGGGUUACCUGGGGGGUGCUGGAUGGUGUUCCUGUGGCACGGAUACUCACUGGAGGUGAGGGGCGCUGUCACAGUGGUAGGCGCAAGCCCAGGACCCAGUGCCAGCCGUCAGUCAGUGACUCCCUGCGGGACCCCCUUGCCAGGGCGGGAACCCAGGUUGCCGGGGAAUGGACCAAUCAGCUUCUGCAGAUGCAGGGGCGGGAUCAAUCCGGGCUCUUUCUGAGCAGCAACUGUCGGCUGCGAAAGAGGCCUGGACUUGAAUUUUAAAGUGUGAUUCUCAGAACGUUAGGGGCAGCUGACUGCAGGAGGAAUCACAUGGUGCCUAAAACCGGCCCUUUGGCCUAUUCAGCCAGCCCCGCCCUCUCUCUAGCUGCAGGCCGGGCCAGGCAGCCAGAGUGAGCAAAUGGCAGCUGGAGAGAGAGCCGGGAAAAGACAGCUCUCCUUGGGCAAGGCCGCCUGCAUCCUCACCGGGGCAUCCCGGGGCUUCGGCCGGAGCCUGGCUCUGCUGCUGGCCCCGAGGCUGGAAACUGGCUCCAUCCUGAUCCCGGUGGCCCGAUCGCAGGGGGGCUUGGCCGAGCUGGAGGCUGAGUUGCGGGCCAGUUUCCCCAGCUUGAACGUGCAUUCCGUGCAGGCUGAUCUGGGCACGGAGGACGGGCUACAGCUGGUGCUCCGAGCAGUCCAGGACAAGCUGCCGGGAGCAGCUGAUCUGGAGCGGCUCCUCGUCAUCAACAACGCGGGAUCACUUGGAGACAUCUCCAAAUCUUUUCUGGAUUUCACCAGCCCAGCCGAAGUCAACAGCUACUUUGCUUUCAAUGUCACCUCGGCGCUCUGCCUCACAUCCUCCAUCCUGAAGGCCUUCCCGGGGCACCCUGGCUUGUGCAAGACUGUUGUGAACAUCUCCUCACUGUGUGCCCUGAAGCCCUUCAAGAGCUGGACGUUGUACUGCACUGGGAAGGCCUCACGGGACAUGAUGUUCCAGGUGCUGGCCCUUGAAAACCCGGACGUUAGAGUGCUCAGCUAUGCCCCAGGGCCGCUGGACACGGAGAUGCAGCAGCUGGCCCGCACCAAGUCCGGAGACCCGGACGUGCGCCAGCAGUUCCUCCGCAUGAAGCAGAGUGGGCAGCUGCUGGACUGCGGCGCGUCCGCCCAGAAGCUGGUGGCUCUGCUGCUGGAGGACACGUUCGCCUCCGGGGCACACGUAGACUUCUAUGAAAUCUAACCCGCCAGCUUGCUGCUCCCCCCACGCCGCGGCGGCUGCUUCUGCAACUCGGCUACCUAUAAAAUGCCCUCGGCUUUCAGAAGGGAAACCAGCUGCUGGACUGUGACUCUCCUUUCAAAUAUGCACCGGCGAGAGCGGACCGCCCACCAAGAAGGGCCUUGGCCGGGGAGCUGUGGUGACGCUGGCGCUGCCGAGCCAGCACUCCCCGGACGGGUCACAGGGGCAGCAGCACUGGGGUGGGAGGCGGUGCAAACAGCGCCGUCACCCUGGCAACCGCCGCGCAGGGCGCCCCCCACUCCUAGCUGCCCUGCCCCGCCCCAUAGUGAGCAGCGGGCGGUGAAGGUCGUUGCCGCAGAUGUUACCGCGCAUGCUCAAAUGUCCGGCCCCACUCGCAGCGAGGCGGCUCAUCGCCGGGGGGCUGAGGUCGGGCUACGCCGGGCGCAGUGACCAGGGUCUCGGGCUUGGCGGCCGCCGGUGACGUGGGGCAGGACCCUCCCUGGGCGGCCCUCGCGAGGCCGCAGCCACCUGCAGUGGUGACCGCCGAGCCCCGCCCGCUGUCGCGUUACCUCGGCUCGGCAGAGCCGGGGCCAGAGCGAGUAGUUGUUUAAACGGGCAAGUACGAUGUCACUGAUUAUAAAAUUUUGAUAUUAUAUUGUGCUUCUCUCAUUCAUAGUAUCUCACCUACUUUACAGAGCAAUGAGUGGGAUGCAUGUAUGCAAGAACUGUGUAGAUAAACAAGAAUCAGAUGCUCACGGUGCCUUGAAUAUUAGAACUUUUGUUGUGUUUUGUUUUAGGGUGGAAACUGGAAUUAAUCUUUUCGAAUAGUGCAAUGGAUUCUUUGAUUUCAUGUCCCGUCAACAUGUAGCCUUACUAAAAGUUCAGCCUCCCUUCCCUCUGCCUUUUUUAGACAGCAUUGGGCUGCAGCUCAAAUCCUCCUGUGGAAUUGGAACUCUCCAACCUGUGUCCCAUCAAGCCCUCCUUUCAAGCUCUAGCUUUCUUGCUGUGGUCCCCCCUAGUUAUGAAAUCAUCCUCUCUAAAGUAGGUGAGUGUAUUUAGAACAGACUUGUGGCUCAAACACUUACCUGCUUCUUUCCAUCCUAAAACUAUAAGCACCUUUUUAAAAGAUCUCAGAAGGGCAACUGCUUAAUGAAUAGCUCAAGAUCUACUUUAUUUUAAAACACAAGUGCAAACAAUUCACAAAUAUAGACAGUUUCAAAUUAUAAGCCUGUUUAAAAAGGCUCUGCUCUUUUGCUUAAAAAGGCUCUGCUCUUUUGCAUAAAAAGACAGGAUACCUGGAAAUACAGAAAUUUUUUGCAUCAAAGUUUCAUCCAGGUGGCUAGAUGAUUUCAAGUUAUUUAUUACAGCUAAAAGUCUAUAGCAAGAUCUGUAACAGGGAAAGUGGUAGAGGGAAAGAGGAGGCUAAAAAACUCCUAAUUCAAUAAUUAGGUUAAUUUUUUAGGCAGUUGGGGUGCCCUAAAAAGAAUCCAAGUUUCUAUGAUCUUUAUGAUUUGGCUGCAAAAUGGGAUCCCAGUUUCACAGAUAAGACUAAGUUCCAGAUAUCUGCAUGACUUUAAACACAUUACUGUACAUGUUAAAACCUGACCCAGGAGUCAAAAUGACCAUGACUAUGUCACUGAUAAAUGAGCUUAUACAAAAUUCUAAAUUUACUUUAAAAAAACAUUGAAGGGGCUCCUUAGACAAACAGAAACCUUCAGACAUAUCAGCAAGGACAUGCCAAU